AGGUCGCUGGCUGAAUCUCGCCCUUAGUUUCCAAGAUCAGCAGUGUGCCGUGUUUUUCUCGCCUGCAGGAUAUUAGUGCUAUGUUAAUGAUGAUGGAUAUCCACCCGGGAGACACCGUUUUGGAAACUGGCAGCGGGUCUGGCGCGAUGAGCUUGUUUUUGUCAAGAGCAGUUGGGCCCAAAGGACGUGUUAUAAGUUAUGAAAUCAGAGAGGAUCAUCAUAAUUUAGCUAAGAAGAAUUACAGGCACUGGCGUGCUGCAUGGGAAGUAGGACAUAUGGAAGAGUGGCCAGAUAACGUGGAUUUCAUUCUUAAAGACAUCUCAACAGCCACUGCGGAUAUGACAUCUGUAACACUUGAUGCAAUAAUUCUGGAUAUGCUUAACCCUCAGGCAGCUCUGCCCGUGGUACACCCAAGUCUGAAACAGGGUGGUGUGUGCGCUGUAUAUUUAGCAAACAUCACACAGGUUAUUGACCUUUUAGACAGAAUACGGACCCGCAAGCUCCCUUUUUUGUGUGAAAGGAUCAUUGAGGUAACCCACAGAAAUUGGAUGGUACUCCCUGCUAAAAUCAAGAAUUGCAAAUCAAGCCAAAUGGCAGAAACUCAAGAAAAUAUUGAAGAACCUCGUCAAAAGGAACACGAAGAAAUCCACAUUCAGGAUCAAGUAGAUCUUAAAGGAAGUGAAUACAAUGAACCACUUUCUGACGACGCUGAGACAUACUUCUCUGUGCCUUACGUCGCCAGACCAUCUUACUGGCAGGAUGCCCAUUCAGCAUUCCUUACGAAGCUGAGAAAGUUUCGACCACCGCUUUCUUGAAGCUGCUUGUGAUGCCAGCUGCUGGUUUGAGUAUUGUAUCAGAAUAAAAUAGAAUGUUACAAAGUAGCCACUACCUUUUGCAAGUUGUGUAACUUUCCAGUAAUGACUGCUUCAAUGUCUACUGCAUGCAAAGUUGGAAAUCCCACCUGGUACUUAAAGGGAAAAGUUUUAACAGACUCAUA